GGACAGGAGAGGAGUGUGGAGGGUGCGACGGUGGGCACCGUGUACAGGAGAGGAGUGUGGAGGGUGCGACGGUGGGCACCGUGUACAGGAGAGGAGUGUGGGGGGUGCGACGGUGGGCACCGUGGACAGGAGAGGAGUGUGGGGGGUGCAACGGUGGGCACCGUGGACAGGAGAGGAGUGUGGGGGGUGCGACGGUGGGCACCGUGUACAGGAGAGGAGUGUGGAGGGUGUGACAGUGAUCGGCGUGUACAGGAGAGGAGUGUGGAGGGUGCGACGGUGGGCACCGUGUACAGGAGAGGAGUGUGGGGGGUGCGACGGUGGGCACCGUGUACAGGAGAGGAGUGUGGAGGGUGUGACAGUGAUCGGCGUGUACAGGAGAGGAGUGUGGAGGGUGCGACGGUGGGCACCGUGUACAGGAGAGGAGUGUGGGGGGUGCGACGAGGAGUGUGGGGGGUGCGACGGUGGGCACCGUGUACAGGAGAGGAGUGUGGGGGGUGCGACGGUGGGCACCGUGUACAGGAGAGGAGUGUGGGGGGUGCGACGGUGGGCACCGUGUACAGGAGAGGAGUGUGGGGGUGUGACGGUGGGCACCGUGUACAGGAGAGGAGUGUGGGGGGUGCGACGGUGGGCACCGUGUACAGGAGAGGAGUGUGGGGGGUGCGACGGUGGGCACCGUGUACAGGAGAGGAGUGUGGGGGGUGCGACGGUGGGCACCGUGUACAGGAGAGGAGUGUGGGGGGUAGGCCAGUGAGGAGGGAGUUGCAGUAGUCGAGUCGUG